AGCUGCCCAGGACAGAAACCUCCUAAGACAGCUGUCGCCAUAAGAAAUCCAGCUGAAGCCGUGAGUUCUUUGUUUUUCUGUCUGGGUCCCUGUGGAUGGCGCCCCAGGCCUUGUUGGAGCUACAGCCCUCUAACGGAAGCCAGCAGGCCCCUCCCAACAUCUCCUCCUGUGAGAGUGCCCCGGAAGCCUGGGACCUGUUGUAUCGAGUGCUGCCAGGGUUUGUCAUCACUGUCUGUUUCUUUGGCCUCCUGGGGAACCUCUUAGUCCUCUCCUUCUUCCUCUUGCCUUGGCGACGGUGGUGGCGGCACCAGCGACAGCGCUUAACCAUAGCGGAAAUCUACCUGGCUAACUUGGCAGCUUCUGAUCUGGUGUUUGUCCUGGGCUUGCCCUUCUGGGCAGAGAACAUCGGGAACCGUUUCAACUGGCCCUUUGGAAGCGACCUCUGCCGGGUGGUCAGCGGGGUCAUCAAGGCCAACCUGUUCAUCAGCAUCUUCCUGGUGGUGGCCAUCAGUCAGGACCGCUACAGGUUGCUGGUAUACCCCAUGACCAGCUGGGGGUUCCGGCGGCGACGGCGAGCCCAAGCUACCUGCCUGGUCAUCUGGGUAGCUGGGGGCCUCCUGAGCGUCCCCACGUUCCUUCUACGCUCUGUCAAAGUCGUCCCUGAGCUGAACGUCUCUGCCUGCAUCCUGCUUUUCCCCCACGAAGCUUGGCACUUUGCGAGGAUGGUGGAGUUGAACAUUCUGGGUUUCCUCCUCCCACUGUCGGCCAUCCUCUACUUCAACGCUCACAUCCUGGCCUCCCUGAGAGGACAGAAGGAGGCCAGCAGAACCCGGUGUGGGGGCCCCAGGGGCAGCAAGACAACGGGGCUGAUCCUCACACUAGUGGCCUCCUUCCUGGUCUGCUGGGCCCCUUACCACUUCUUUGCCUUCCUGGAUUUCCUGGUCCAGGUGAGGGUGAUCCGGGACUGUUCUUGGAAGGAGCUCACAGACCUGGGCCUGCAGCUCGCCAACUUCUUCGCUUUUGUCAACAGCUGCCUCAACCCACUGAUUUAUGUCUUUGCAGGCCGGCUCUUUAAGACCCAGGGUUCUGGGAACUUUAUAAAUGGUGCGCCCGAGAAGCCCCAUGCCCGUAUCGCCCAGUAGGAAAGAACUCUUCCAACUCUCCUGGUGGAACUGAAACGGCAUCGAGCCAAGAAGCCUGGCUUCCGGGCGGUGGUGGCACACACUGUAAUCCCAGCACUCUGGGAGGCAGAGGCAGGCAGAGUUCUGAGUUCUAGGCCAGCCUGGUCUACAGAGUGAGUUACAGGACAGCUAGGGCUAUACAGAGAAACCCUGUCUCAACAAAAUCCAAAAAGCAAAACAAACAAAAAACAAAAAACAGAAACAAAAAGCCUGGCUUCUUGACCAACAGCUCUGAUAUCAUACAGACCAUCUGGUCAACUGACCCGCCGCCACCCACAAGGAUGUCCAGGGAAAGCUACUAACAGGGUAGCUGGGACCUUGCAGAUGCAAUUACUAAGGAUCUGGGGAUUAAGCUUAUCCUGAAGUUUUUCAGGGCAGAAGGAGAAAAGCAGCCACAGAGGUCCUUUUAAGAAGGGAUUAGGAGGGCCGGAAUGUGUGAGGACAGAAGCAGAGAUCAGAGAAUUGUGAGGAAGGGGCCAACAGCCUAGGAUGGCAGGCACCCUUAGAGGCUGGGAAAGAAAGAACACAGACAGACGUCCUUUCUGGAACCUUCAGAAAAGACCAGUCUGGCCAACAUGUUGACUUCAGCCCUUCCCCCAGCCCCCACGACCGUGAGAGAAUAAAGUUGUACUCUGA